AUGGCUCCCACCGACCAUAGGGCUAAGGCCACUCGAUACAAUUUUGCGGUAGCCUUCUACGUGGCCCUGGGUUCUUUUACAUAUGGCUUCCACUCCGCUAUCAUCGGGUCAGUGAUUGGGAUGCCAUCAUUCUAUAGCUACUUCGACUUUGUAGCAACCAGUUCCUACGGUGGCUCCAUCAUUGGUGCUUGUAAUGGGCUCUACGCCGGCGCCGGCGUCUUGGGCUGUUGGGCUGUCUUUUGGUUUGCAGACAAAUUUGGCCGCAAAAUUGCAAUUCAGAUCAUUGCGGCAAUUUGCAUUAUAUCAGCAGCCAUCCAAGCUGGUUCUGUGCAUAUUGCCAUGUUCCUUGUGGGAAGAAUGCUGAAUGGUUUCGGCGUGGGAAUGAUCAACUGUGCCAUCCCCACAUACAUAUCUGAAAUCUCCCCUGCUGCUCAGAGAGGCCUCGUUGUGGGCUCUCACGGUUUUAUCAUCUGCUGCUCCUAUACACUUAUGGACACCUACGCUAUGGCCGGCUGGGCUGAAUUUGGAAUCUACUACGCGAAUAACCCUACCAUCCAGUGGCGACUUUUAGUUGCACUUCAAAUUGUCGCUCCCUUACUACUACUCAUUGGCAGUCCACUGAUUCCCGAAUCUCCACGAUGGUUGAUUGAGAAUGGACGAGGACAAGAAAGUUUAGAAAUUCUCAUCAGGCUUCACAAGAACAAGCUGGAUCCCGAUGACAUUGGAGCAAGAGAGGAAUUUGUCCAAAUUCAGAGACAACUAGCACUUGAGCAUUCGAACAAAGUACCAGGCCUCUUCAAGACGUUCACGAUUCCAUCAUACAGGAAACGCCUGUUCUACGGAUUUUUCCUCCAAGCCAUGUGUCAAAGCAUGGGCGUUCUUGUUAUAUCUAACUAUAUGGUAACAACGCUGGAGAACCUUGGGUUGAGUGGUUCUACUCCACUCCUAGUUCUUGCAUUCUACAAUUCUUGGGCAGCCGUGCUGAAUUACAUCAAUGCCCGCAACUUGGACCGCUUUGGGCGCGUCAGAAUCGUGACCACUGCUGUGGCUGGAGCUAUUUUGUGUGUCUGCAUUGUUACAGCCCUCGUUGCUAACUACGGAGGUCCAACAAACACCAACAAGGCUGGCUCUGGUGCUGCUGUGGCUUUUAUCUUCUUAUUCGUCACAUGUUACGGGCUGGGUGUCGACGUCACCAGCUAUGUCUACUGUGCUGAAAUAUUCCCAACUCAUAUGCGUACGCGAGGAGUAGGUUUCUCCGUCGGUGGGCUAUUUUUGAUGACAACAGUCUACACGACUGCUGCUGGUCCGGCCUUCAACCAUAUCGGAUGGAGAUUCUAUUUGGUCUUCAUCAUUGUGACAUCUCUGAUGCUGCCGUUUGUCAUCCUAUACUUCCCAGAAACCAAAGGUCUCAGUCUCGAGGAGAUAGAUGUGCUCUUUGGGGACGAAGUGGCGCUUGACUUAACCCAUUUGUCAGAGGAAGAAAGAGCCGCUUUCGACAAGAAUAUCACGGAGGGUCUCAACGUUACGUACAGAGACAUGGAAAAGGGUGCAUUGCUGAAAACCGAGAGCAUUCAAGUGAUUGAUGGUUCGGAGGAGGAGGGUAGUGUUAAAAAGCCGUAA